GCACAGCUGACUGUGCUGUCUUCGGGAAACCUCGGCCUGACUCUAACUCGGAUCAUCUGAAACAGGAGAUUUUCCAGCUAAUAAGAGCGAAUACUUGGAUGUAAGGAGGAAAACCUGCAUUCGUUGUGAGGGUGUGCAGUUAGUCGCUUUAAGUCGACAGGGGCUUCAUAGAGUUCGCGCUAUCGGAAGUUUGCGGGGAAUACUUUGUGGAGAGACGAGACGGAGGUUUGGGAUGCUGGUUCCCCGCGCGCUCCGCUCCUUGCUGUGCGUACUGAGCUGCGCGUGGCUGCACACCGGAGCGGCCUCGCGACUCAAGUCUCCCGCUCUGCCCAUCCAGUCUGAGAGAGAGCCGCUUCCCUCCAAAGGCUUGUCAGGAUGCUCAUUUGGAGGCCGAUUCUAUUCUCUGGAAGAGACAUGGCACCCAGAUCUGGGGGAGCCCUUCGGUGUCAUGCACUGUGUCCAGUGCCACUGCGAACCUCAAAAGAGCCGUCGUGGCAAGGUGUUUGGGAAAGUAAACUGUAAGAACAUCAAACAGGACUGUCCAGACCUGGACUGUGAUGAUCCCGUCCUGCUCCCGGGGCACUGCUGUAAAACCUGUCCCAAAGGUGUGGACGACAAGAAACAGACAGACUCUGUGCUGGACAGCUUUGAGUAUUUCCACGAGAAGGGCAAAGAGAAGGAGGAUGACCUCCACAAAUCCUACAACGACAGAUCCUACCUGAGCUCGGAGGAGGUGGGUCCAGGAGAGAGCCGCACUGACUUUGUAGCAGUGUUGACGGGAGUGACGGACUCAUGGCUGCCCAGCUCGAGUGGUGUUGCCAGAGCUCGCUUCUCUCUGACCAGGACGAGCCUGACCUUCUCCAUCACAUACCAGAGAAUGGGCCGCCCCAGUAAAAUAAUCUUCCUGGAUUCAGAUGGGACCACUGCUUUUGAGUACAGAGUCCCCAAGGGACAGUCAGACAUGAUCUGUGGAGUGUGGAAGAACCUGGCGAAGCCUGUAUUGCGACAGCUGCAGUCUGAGCAGAUGCGCAUCAGCAUGGCGUCAUCGACGAGCAGAGGAGAAGAAGUGGAGGGGAAGAUCAUCAAACACAGGGCGCUGUUUGCUGAGACGUUCAGUUCCACGCUGACAUCAGAGGAGGAGAACUCAGGCAUGGGAGGCAUCGCCAUGUUGACGCUGAGUGACACAGAGAACAACCUCCACUUCAUCCUCAUCCUUCAAGGCCUCAUCCAGCACAAAGACAAAGAGCCUCUUGUGGUGCCCAUCCGAGUCCAGCUUGUAUACCGCCAACACAUCCUGAGAGAGAUCCGGGCAAACAUCACCUCUCACGAUCCAGACUUCGCAGAGGUGCUGACGGACCUGAAUAGCCGCGAACUGUUCUGGUUAUCUCGUGGUCAGCUGGAGAUCGCCGUGGCAACAGAGGGUCAGGAUCCCCGCCAAAUCUCCGGCUUCAUCACCGGCAGGAAAUCUUGUGACACUAUUCAGAGUGUGAUGUCCAGCGGUGAUGCACUGACGCCGGGGAAGACUGGAGGAGUGGGAUCCGCUGUCUUCAACCUCCAUGAUAACGGCACACUGGACUACCAGGUUCAGGUCGCAGGUCUCACCAGUGACUUUGUUGGCCUCACUAUUGAGCUGAAGCCGCGGCGGCGAAACAAGCGCUCCGUGCUGUAUGACCUGACGCCGGAGUACAACAAGGCCACGGGCCAGGCGCAGGGCAGCUGGAGCCGUCUGGAGGCUCGACACAUCCACAUGCUGCUGCAGAAUGAGCUGUUCAUCAACGUGGCCACGACACACAGCCAGGAGGGGGAGCUGAGGGGGCAGAUUAAGGCCCUGUUCUACAACGGCCUGGAGGCACCCAGACAUGACCUGCCCACUCCUCUGGCCGGCCACUUUGUGUCUCCACCAGUAAGAACUGGUGCCUCUGGCCACGCUUGGGUGUCAGUGGACAAACAGUGUCACCUGCAUUAUGAGAUCAUCGUUGCGGGCCUCAGCAAGGCGGACGACCUCACCGUGAACGUCCACCUCCACGGACUGGCUGAGAUCGGAGAACUGGACGACAGCAGCACCACUCACAAAAGGCUGCUGACCGGCUUCUACGGCUCUCAGGCUCAGGGAGUGUUAAAGGACAUCAGUGUGGAAUUACUGCAACACCUGGACCAAGGUACAGCCUUCAUCCAGGUCAGCACCAAGAUGAACCCCCGAGGCGAAAUACGAGGACGGGUCCACGUGCCAAACAACUGUGAGUUCGGUACCAGGGGGGAGGUGGACGAGACCGAGUUUGACGACCUCUUUGUGAAGGACCCGGAGGAGCUGAAGAAAGACCCCCAUACCUGCUUCUUCGAGAACCAGCACCACGCUCAUGGCUCCCGCUGGACUCCCAACUACGACAAGUGUUUCUCCUGCAGCUGCCAGAAGCGAACUGUGAUCUGUGACCCAGUCAUCUGUCCGGUGUUGACCUGCUCCCGAACCGUUCAGCCAGAGGACAAGUGCUGCCCCAUCUGUGAUGAGAGGAAGGAGCCCAAGGACAUGAAAGCUCCAGAGAGGGUAGAUGAACAUCUUGAGGGUUGUUACUUUGAAGGAGACCAGAAGAUGCACGCCCCGGGAACCACAUGGCAUCCCUUUGUACCUCCCUUUGGCUACAUUAAAUGUGCUGUCUGCACUUGCAAGGGAUCUUCAGGGGAGGUACACUGUGAGAAGGUGACGUGUCCGGCGUUGACCUGCAGUCAUCCCGUCAGGCGUAAUCCCUCUGACUGCUGUAAAGAGUGUCCAGAGGAGGACAGGACUCCUGCAGGCCUGGAGCACAGUGACAUGAUGCAAGCAGAUGGCCCACGGCACUGCAAAUUCGGCAAGAACUAUUACCAGAACAGCGACAACUGGCAUCCCUGGGUACCGCUGGUGGGGGAGAUGAAAUGCAUCAACUGCUGGUGUGAUCACGGUGUGACUAAGUGUCAGAGGAAGCAAUGUGCUGUACUGACCUGCACCAACAUCACCCGCGGAGAGGGCACGUGCUGUCCCGAAUGCCUCGAUUCCAAAGAGGAAGAUGGCCUGAUGAUGAAAGUUCCAGACAAGAGGCAGACCUGGAGACACUGAUCUGUGGGGGGCCGCACACCCUCCUCUACCCAUCCCGCCCCUGACGGACCCAAACCCAGAGCUGCACACUGGGUUUUCCCACGUACCCUCCCUCCUCACCUCACGCCCACCCUGGCAUCAGCUUCAGGAUUGUAAUGAACAGUGAAGAGCAGAGACGGAGGAACGAUAAAAUAAAAACAGAAUUUUUCCAAAGACUCUUGAAGUGAAAGGAUGAAGCUAUGAAGAGGACCAACCAGACUUUACAAACCUACUUUGCUGCCUUCUGCUUCCUGCCUUGCAUUUUUGCUGGAAUUUCUUUUUUUUUUUUUUGCUCAGUUUUUCAAAACAGCUCAACAGGACAAAAAGUUUAGAUGUACAAAUAUAACCCAGCCGUUCAGUGGGAUUUUCUUUCUGUUGGUCCAGCUUUGCUUCGAUCGGCAAACUUUGGUCAGAUUGAGCAAGUUGUAUUUCAUUGACAGAGCUUCUUUUUGAAGUGCAGCCAUAGCUACUGUAGCUCUCACUGCUCUCACUGGAUAGAGAGAAAGAUGUUGCUUAAAUCUGUAUGAACGUGUAUGUGCGUGAAUGUGGUUGUGCGUGUGGGUUUUUUCCUUUUUUUUUAUACCAGUUAAGAAUACGACUAAUCAGCAAUAGAGAAACACAGUAAACUUCCUGGGUGGCAAGGCAGGGUUAAACAACUGUACAAAAACAGACCUGGAGAAAGUGCCGCCCCCCGUCUCUUCAGCCGGCCUGCAGCUUCUGUUUGUUGUGAGAUUCAGAUCGAUGUCAGGGGUGUCGGCGUCAGGAUCGGCGCGACGUCAUUGGAAGAGAAGCUUGGACUCGGCUUGCUGUUAUUUUAGUGUAAUACUUAAACAAACAUGAGCUUUGCCUUCAACUCCUGUUGAGCCCGAUGCUUCUCUGCUUUGGUUGUUCCUGUUUCUGUUUUGAAUUAAGUAAUAUUUUAUGAAUUUUUCUAUCAUUGUUGUUUACGAAUAUGAAGCUGGUUUGUAUUUUGUAUUUAUUGAAUGGUGUGG